AACAACAUGUAACAACAACAUGUAACAACAACAUGUAACAACACGGAACAGAUGAAAGCCGCUUUGGACUGCCAUAGACCUAGCUUCAAAUACACUCAGCCAAGUUGCUAUAAACCUAUCUACAAGGAUGAAAUGAUGUGGGAUGCUCUCUACCUGGCAUGGGGCACUCUUGCUCCCGAUGGUGCAAAAGCUGAUGAUACUGUUCCUUUUGCGCAAGCACGUGAAUUCACAGAACUGCGAUGUGAAGAGUCUUGGAAGCGCUUUGAACAGCCCGUGAGCUCCAUGGUAGAGGGCUUUCAUGAAGUCAUACCCAGUGACUCUGAAUUUUACAACUUGCUAAAUGGAAAUUCUGAGACACUUGCACACUUGAUCGAAGGCAACUCGGAGGUGGAUCUAGAUGAGUUGUGGAAAGCAAUUGAGUGGCGCGCGGGGUGGAAGGACGAGGAGAAGGAAGUGCUUCGUCAGGCGUUGGAGGAGAUGCAGGAGGAGGGAAAGGACUUGCCACCUGUGAAGCGACCUUUGAACAAACUCUUACGUUUCUUUACUGGCUCUUUCAAGCAGCCUGUAGAAGGAUGGAAGAACUCAAAGGUGGAGUUUCUCCUCAAGAGGACAGACAGGUGCAUCCCUCUGAUUGGAAAGACUUGCUUCAAUGAAUUGCGCAUUCCUUCAGGAUGCCUCGAAAGCUCUCACAAGUUGAAAGAGAUGAUUGCAGAGUCUGUGGUCUCAGAGGACUUUGCCAUCGAGUAGUCUCCAUAUGUGGCCGGACGACACAGCCUACGCAGCCUGCGAUGAGGCAAAGGCGACAAAAAGGCGAC